GAUCGCGUUCCGCGAGAAACGAGAGAACGGUACAGGAGGAGACAAGUGGGAAGGAGACCGAAGAUACAGGUGGUGCGGAGGGAGCGCUGAUAAGGGAACGUCGGGGAUGACGAGAGAGAGAGAGAGAGAGAGACGUAGGGAGAAAGAGGAAGGCGAGCGAGAGUCGCACGACGUAGAAAUUUGAAAACGCGUGGAAAAUCGCGAGAGUUGGAAAGCGGAGAUAGAAGAUUUCAGUAAUUCGAGAGUAGAUCAAUCGAGGCACCAACAUGGCCACCCAGAAAGCGAAAUUUGUGAACAAACAGUUCAACUCUCCUAUCAACCUGUAUUCGCCCCAGGCGAUACAAGAGACGCUGGAUAGACAGACCCAAGUUCUGGCUAACGGUGCUGUCGGAAUCGACUUUAACCAGUUGGCUAAGCCAGCAAACUUGCAGAACAGCGCGGUUCUACGUAUGCUCGAAGAAGAAGAAGCGAGGCAGCGCGGUGGUCAACCCAGUCUCAAACGAGUAACCUGGCCACCGCCAGAGGAUCAAGACUUCGACUACGUGGAGCAAGCUCCCGUCCAAGCGAAGACCCGUGGAUACGGUGAUCUUGGCUCGUACCAGAGCAGUCCCUCGUCAGGUCCGUCACCCCAACCGCCCUCGACGGUCGCACGAUCGUCGACACAGAGCGCCGUUCCAUCGUCCCCGUCGCCGGUUAGUCCUGGCGGCACACUCCUGCGACAGCCCUCGCACUUCCAGCAGCAACAGACGUCCGGCAGGGGUUGGGCGCCGGUGACACCCCCGGCGACCUCGCCGCUCUCCCAGCAGCAUCCCCCGUUUCCGAGUCGACAGCAGCAACAGCCGCAGAAACAGCAACAGCAGCAGACUCAACCUUGGCAGCAACACCCUCAGGAUCCCUACGACCGGACACCGCAGAGGCAGCAACAGACACCAUCCAACUACUAUACCGUCCCUGUGGCGUUCGAGGCACCACCCUCCACUAUCGUCCUCCGUCCUGAGCCGCCUAUUUCGCAGGCACCAGCACCGGUGUACCAGGCCCAGCCCGCAGCAACCAAAGCUCCGGCAACAGGCAAUAUGCGAGGAGAUUUGAAGUGGCCGCCGCCGUCCGUGAAGGCCCAGGUCGAGGCGGAGAACCGGGCCAGGAUGGAGCUCGCGAAGGGUCCGGCUUUCAGGCCCCGUCGAGUGCACAAGGACUAUAGCGGUUUCUUCGCGCAGCACGCCCUGAACAACACUUACCCGGGCUACCGAGCACCGCCUGGCACCCAGUACUUCACCCCGGCUUACCAUCAUUAGCGAAUAUCCCGUUUCGAGCGACGCUAUAUUCGAGUCCGAGAAAUCGAAUCCCGAGUUUCUCGUCGAUCGGGACGCUCGGGACGCGAAUCCUCCGGGAUCUGCGAGGAGCCAGAGAAACGCAUGAUGGACAAUCUCUAUGCACAAAUAAAAUCUUAAAAAAUUAUACCAAACUGUAAAAAGAAAUUUAUAUCAAAUUUAUAUCGCGGCUUCUUUUAUUCUUUUUUUCUUUUUUUUUUUUUUAUAUGGGGGAGAAGGGCCAUGAAUCUGCGCACGAAUUAUAAUUGUGCUACUGCUCUUUCAGAUGUGGUCCAGACAACCAAAGAGAAAUUUCACGUCAUGCGUUUCUCGAGUUUCUAGGAAGACUUCCGAUCUGGAUUUCGAGUCUUCAACGAAUAUACCUGUGUAUAUAGAGACUGAACGGUUGCCUUUCAUCUUUGCAGGGUAGCGUAAAUUAAUAACAAUUACCGAAAAUCCGGUUUAUCUUACAGCAUUCGGUUUAUUAUUCGAAACAUCAUCGUUCAGAGAUUCCCAUACUUAUGAGCAUUCGCGUCCUCCUUUUUUCUGUCUACAUAUCAAGAAAAAUAAACCUUCAAGUAUAUUUACAUUUGUAACGAAAUAAUCGAAUAAUUUGAAAAAGAAAACUUCAUUGCUUUUAAGCAAGACCGCUUGUCUUUUCAAUUUAGAAAUUUUCGCUUGCACGGUUUAGGGAUUUCUGACGAGAUGAACUCAAUGUUGUGAUAGAAUUAACGCUGCGAACAGGUUUAUAAAACUAACGCUUGCCAUACGAAUCAUAAGAGAGGCGGAUCAUAAGUGAUCGCUUAAGAGACUUCGAAGGAAUGACAAUGGCAGACUUUCUGUCGCGAAGACAUUGACAACAUGGAAUAACGAACGCUGAAUGUAGAUGCAAAUCCGCGAAAUGAACGAUCCGAGACGAAUAUAGAAUAAAUGUAUUCGGGAAAAAGGUGAUGUAUCGAAGUAUGCCGAAACGCGCGACGCAUUUGAUAAUGCGAUUUGGCGACGGUCUGCCCGUUAACUAACUGACGAAUAAUUUUUAAUAAUGUAACAUAUCGAUGUGAAUAAAUAAAUAUCAACAAUUUACACCA